GGGGGAGGGGCUGCUCGGCCCUUUAAACCAUUCAGGGCAGCUCCGAGGGCCGCAGCCGGGGACGGCGCCACGCGGGGGCCGAGUAGACGCGGCGGCGGCGGGGCGCUCCGGGGAGGCCCGGGCAGCUGAUGGUUUUGGCGAAGUACCUUAAGGUAGCUGGGUCCACCCCCUCUUCCCCACCUACCUCUUGUCCUCCCCCCACACCACCACCACCCUGGCUCCCCUCCCUCAUGACCGCCUGGAUCCUCCUUCCUGUCAGCCUGUCAGCAUUCUCCAUCACUGGCCUAUGGACUGUGUAUGCCAUGGCCGUGAUGAACCACCACGUGUGCCCCGUGGAGAACUGGUCCUACAACGAAUCCUGCUCUCCUGACCCCACUGAGCAAGGGGGCCCCAAGACCUGCUGCACCCUGGACGAUGUCCCCCUCAUCAGCAAGUGCGGCACAUACCCCCCCGAGAGCUGCCUCUUCAGCCUCAUUGGCAACGUGGGUGCUUUCAUGGUGGCCCUGAUCUGCCUCCUGCGCUACGGGCAGCUCCUGGAGCAGAGCCGUCAUUCCUGGGUCAACACCACGACGCUCAUCACAGGCUGCACCAACGCUGCGGGCCUGGUGGUGGUGGGCAACUUCCAGGUGGAUCACGCUAAGUCUCUGCACUACGUCGGAACCGGCGUGGCCUUCACUGCCGGGCUGCUCUUUGUCUGCCUGCACUGUGCCCUCUCCUACCACGGGGCCACUGCCCCCCAGGACCUGGCUGUGGCCUACCUGCGGAUCGUGCUGGCAGCCAUCGCCUUUGUCUCUCUGAUCCUCAGCGGAGUCUUCUUCAUCCACGAGAGCUCUCAGCUGCAGCACGGGGCAGCCCUGUGCGAGUGGGUGUUUGUCAUCGACAUCCUCGUCUUCUACGGCACCUUCAGCUAUGAGUUCGGGGCAGUCUCCUCGGAGACGCUGGUGGCCGCACUGCAGCCUGCCCCCGGCCGGGCCUGCAAGUCGUCUGGGAGCAGCAGCACCUCCACACACCUCAACUGUGCCCCUGAGAGCGUCGCCAUGAUCUGAGGUCUGGGGAGGGUGGCCGGCCCGGCCUCCGCCAGCUCCCCACCCCGUAUCUCCUUUGCAUUUAUUUUGUACCAAAAAACGAUUUUGGGAAAGUAUUCUGUUGGGACAGAGGCUUCCUCGCUCCUGGAGGAGUGGCCAUCCCACACCCACCUGUGCCAUACAGGAGCGGGCCCUGGCAGCUGCCCAAGCUGCGCACAGCCUGCCCACCACACCGCAGUGUUAUUUUUAUGUUUUAAAGGUCACGUAUCCUCAUUCACCCAGCCAGCCCUUCAGGUGCCUUCUACUCCCCCAGUGCCACUGGGGUUUCCUGCUGCAGGAAUUGGGGGCUGGGAACAGCAAGAGGGACAGCAGUCUGGGGGCGGGGGUGAGCACUCCUUAGUCUGUGGGAAGGCCCACUUCUGGGCCCACUGAGCUGCACUGGGAUUCUUCACUCUGUCCCUUUCUUUGGGGCAAAUAACACAGCAGAACCACGUGGGUAUUUUAGUACUUUUUUAUACAUAUAUAUAUAUCUAUUAAAAGAAUCCUAAUUUGCA